AAGUUUGCGACGUCUACUGUCGUAAACAACGUUAAAAUGUCAGUCUGAACAACUAGCUUAUGUUUUAGCCUGAGAAGUAAAGGCUUUCUUUUGUUUUGAUUUACUUUUUAUUUUGUUUGUUUUGGCGACUUGGUCAUUGUAUUAGAUGGGGACCAAGAGUUUACAAUGAAACUCCGGGUGCAGUAUGACAGGAGUGAUUCCAGAAGAGCACUGAAACUGAGGGAGUCUCCUACUGUAAUGCAGCCUAAUUCAAGUGAGCAGGGUGCUCAUUCUGGAAAUGGUUUAUCCUUAACUCUGCAACCAGAAGUUCUCCCCCGGACACCAGUCCCUGGUGCUGCUCCUGCAGACCCACAGAACAAUGAGGUGCGGGUACCGAUGAACAGCGGGGUUGGGGAGUCAGGCGGAGGUGCCUCAUCCAGAAGAUGCAGAGUCAGUUCCCACAGCCACUCCCAUUCUCAGUCACACGGACACAGUCGGGCGCAGCACCACUCGAAUUCCGAGCCCGAGCUUGAGCAGCCUGACUCUGACCUGGACUCUGGAGAACCCAGCACCUCUUUGUCUGAGCUUCGCUGUCUGUUUCGCUGGCUCCAAAAGAGCCUUCCUUUCCUCGUUAUACUUUGUGCUAAACUGGUCAUCCAACAUGCUCUUGGUUUAGCAGUUGGUGUUGGCCUCUUCACAACUUUUCUUUAUGUGAAUAAAAGCAUUCAAACCCAAGUCUUUCUUCAGGACCGUCACUCAAAGCUGCAGUGUGUAUGGCUGCUGCUGUUCCUGAUCUCCUCCACCCUCCUGCUCUACUACACCUUUCUCACUGAGACACUUUACUACUGCCUCGUCUUCCUGAGCCCAACCAUUGAGCCGCUGGGUUUCUGGGAGGUUCUAUGGGCAGUCGGCAUCACCAACUUCAUAAUAAAGUUCCUCUUCAUGGGGAUUAAGUGCCUUAUUCUGCUGCUGCCAUCUUCACUGGUGACAUAUAGAACCCAGGGUCGGUGGCUGAUGCUGACUGAGGAGCUGAGUCAGGUCCACCAAGCCAUGGCUCCUGUUUCACUGUGGUUCCGCUACCUGGUCACCUACCAGGAGGCUGAUGGCACCCCAGGACUCACAGUGGGGGUCCUGCUGGCUUUGCUCUACCUCAUACUGAAGCUUUUAGGAUUUUAUGGGCAGUGGACAUCUUUAAUAAAAACUGUGAGGACAUUCCUAAAGGGCGAGCACACAGGCUCAGCAGCCACUAGGAGUCAGUGCAGUGAGGCUGGAGAUGUCUGCCCCAUCUGUCAGGGAGAGUACAGGGAGCCUCGGGCUCUGCUCUGUCAGCACAUAUUCUGUGAUGAAUGCAUCGCUCUGUGGUUCAACCGGGAGAAGAGCUGUCCUCUCUGCCGCAUUGUGAUCACAGAGAAAGUCUACAAAUGGAGAGAUGGAGCUACAUCUUCACACCUGCAGAUUUAUUGAUCGAUAAGGCACAGGUGGUGAGCUUUUGGGCGUGGGACUUUGGUAUUAGCAAACCUCACUGACAAGUAAUGUGCACACUGUUUGAUUAAUCAGCUAAGGGCUGUGGCCCCUGGGGGCAGGGGUCAGUAAUGACACAACUUGCACCUACAGUAGGUUUCUGGUUUAUUGACCAGCACGUCCCUACUAGUGACUGUCAGACAACUCCUUACUUUUAUGGCCCCAAGUGUUUUGUGUUGUUUUUUUGUUUUGUUUUUUUCAUUUUUCUAUUUUGUUUCCUCUGAUGUUGUGUUGCUUUUAUUCACCUUUUAAUUUUUAUAUAAACUUUCCCCAUGGGACAUCAAAUUGGUCUACUUCCUAUUUCUUCUGUUUGUAAAUAUGGAAACAACAGAGAAAAGUAUGAAAAACUAUUUUGAACAGAUUUUUUCUUGAUCAUAUAUUUGAAGACGCAACUCAUGCACCCUUUUUUUUUAUCCAGUGUGUCUAAAUUUGUGGAAGCGACUUUUCUGAUUAGUAACAAUAGAUGUGGAGAGGUAAGCAGCUGUGUACCUCUGCUCAGGGUUGCUUGCUGAAUUCUGCUUUAGAGGUAUAUUUAAGCUUGAUUAGUUUCAAAUAAAUGUGAGACUGGAGGGCUGACAGCUACCGUGUCUUUCAGGCAGUCCAGUAAUGGUCCUGUAAUGAGCGGAUCUUUGCCAGCCUGCAUUCAGGCAGCAAAGACGGACGUGGCAGCGAGAAUCAGUUUACGUGAUGAGUUUGAAAGAGUUUGGCUUUUGCUGGCUAUUUUGUUUCACGACUGAUAAGAACGCAACUGAAUUUGUGAGGCUGAUUAACACAGAUUAUUUUUCUAUAGAGGUGACAUAGCCUCUUUUUUUUUUUUUGUAAAAACCAAAGAGGGGAAGAAAUGUCUAUUUUAUUAUGUACGAAAAUCAUUUCACUGUGUUUUUAUCCACUGAGAUCCUGAUCCGAUCUGAAUAAAGAUCUACAUUUGAA